AUGCCCGGCCGGCCGCGAGUGGUCCGGCUGGAGCCCGAUGCGGAGCCGUCGGAGCCCGCGCGCGCGCCGCAGCGGCGCAAGUCCUUCAGCUACGUGCGCAAGCUGGAGAUCGUGGCCCACUACGAGGCGCACAAGAGUCUGGACGAGACGGUGGCGCGCUUCUUCCCGGACGUGCAGAACUACGUGCCCACGCGCUUCGAUGACGCGCCAGGCCGCACCAUAGCGAAGAGGGAGGUGCGCUUCACAAACAUGCCCAUCACAGCCGACGUGGUGGUGGACGAGAGUAACGAGAGGGGCAACAGCGCCGUGAAGAAGACCAGCGUAGGGCCUGUAGCGGGGGAAGGCACGGGUAAGCAAAAACGAUAUGGUUUGAACAAGGACGACGUGCUUCUCUACGAGCGCGAAAACAUCAUCAUGACAGAUGCGUUCUUAGCAGCUCGUAGCCCGCGCGCAAAGCGAGUUAGUGUUCGCUCCGAUGACUACGACUACAACUUUGUGAUCCCCAAGAAUCUGGUCAUUAAAUUGGACGCUGUUGUUAAGGCAGAGAAAGCGAAGCGACGCACGCCCGCUUCGUUUGGUGGCAAUGCAGAAGACGAGUAUCCGGUCGGUACUGUCGAAGAGAUCGUCGCUUUCUUCCCAGGGGGGUUACCAAGGUUUGCGAGUGGAGCCGUCUACAAUAUGAAGUCGUUCUACAACGUCCGCAAAUUGAGUGAAGCGUGGUUGUUGGACAUGACGUGGGUUUCGACGACUAAGUGGGACAAAGUAUCCGCGUCACCAGAGCUCUUUGGCGAAGAGUGCAUUGUCCUGAAACCGGUGUGA